AUGGCAAAACAAUUAAUGCAAAUCACUAUUUUGGGUGCACAACUUAUCGGCCGAGCAUUCACUAAAGCACUUCGACAAGAACUACAGUAUGCACAAACAGCGACACAAAGUGGAAAAACAACAACACAAGCCGUACAAGCUGAUCGUAUCGCAGGUAUGACUUUGCAGGAAGCCAGACAAAUUUUGAAUAUGUCUGUGAACGAAUCAGUCACCGCAGAAGAAUUAAAAGCAAACUAUGAUUAUUUAUUUCAAAUUAACGAUAGAACAAGAGGUGGUUCAUUUUAUUUACAAUCGAAAAUUUACCGUGCUAAAGAACGUAUUGAGCAAGAGUUAAAGUCAUCCAGUGAACGAGGACUAUUAACGUAUAAAAAAAAGAGAGACGAGGCCACAAUGAAGAAUGUUAGUACAGAUUGA